UGUCGUCAGAUCUGAUCCGAUUCUAAUGACCUUUUACCAAGUCCUGCUCGGUUCUGAUCGGGUCUGUGGACUGGCUGGAGGUCCAGAUGGUGGUGAGACCUGGAGAGGAUGGACGGGUCCAGCUGCUUUUAUUGUGAAGUUCCCACAGGAAGUUCGUGUCCCAGUGUUCCAGCCUGACUCGCUGAGCGGUUCCUGAGAUUCCCGUCAGCAUUCCCAGCCUGCUGCUGUUUUUGGGUCCAGCGGCUCCCCGUGGCCUUCGGACCCGCCUCCGGUGCCCGUCGGGCGGCCUGCUCCAGCGGGACCUUUCGCUGCGGGCCGCGGUGCCGGUUCGGGGCUGCUGCAGAUUGGUUCUGUAAUCUGCGGAUUUGACGCUGAGCAAACGGCGCAGGGAUUUUCUCUGAUUCCAGCCCUCGCGACUCAUCAGCGGAAUUAAUCCUGUGUUCUGGUCGGGUUCGGAUCCACAGCUGAUCGAGACCCGGUGGGUGGAUCCGAUCCGCAUCACUGACCCAGGAACCGUUCAGAGAGCCGCUGGACCGCCGGGUCCUACCGGAUCUUUAAAGGACCCGGUUCUGAAGUGAUUUUGAUCCGAACUGGAUUCAGAUCAGAGGAAGAGCUGCAGCUGAACAUCAGGGACAAAAUCUGAUUCCAUCUGUUUUCACCAUCAGUGGAUCCACGGAAAGACUCUGAUUCCUCCUCGAUUCAUGAACGGUUAUCGACAGAAUCGGAUCAAUUUAUCGUUGUUUUGUUUUAAUAUGAAGAAACUUUCCAUCCAAUCAGAAACAAGGAUUGAGUUCCCAGCAGAACCAGCUGAGGUUUGAUCUUCCAGACACGAACCACAGAAACCACAGAAACCAUAGAAACCAAGUUGGCGGCCAUGUUGGCGGGAAUGUUGGCGGCCAUGUUGGCGGCAGCCUGAAGGGGCGGCCUGCUUUUUAUGGGAGGAUUUACUGACUGCUGCUGCGAGGCUGCAGAAUGGCAUUAUGGGAAGUGUAGUUGGCGGUUUCUCAGUUAGAAGUGCUGCAGAGAGGGAUACUGCUCCCAGCAUCCUUAGCAGCAGAGCGGGAUGUCGGAUAAAACGGCGCCGCGCUGCCAGCUGCGGCUGGAGUGGGUCCACGGCUACCGGGGCCACCAGUGCCGGAACAACCUGUUCUACACGGCGGGGAAGGAGCUGGUCUUUGUGGCCGGGGUGGGCGUGGUCUACAACACCCGAGACCACACCCAGAAGUUUUACCUGGGUCACAACGAUGACAUCAUCAGCCUGGCCAUCCACCCGGAUAAGAUCCAGGUGGCAACGGGUCAGGUGGGAAACCCGUACAUCUGCAUCUGGGACACCUACGCCAUGCAGACCGUCUCCAUCCUGAGGGACGUCCACACCCAUGGAGUCGCCUGCCUGGCCUUUGACUCAGACGGACAGCGACUGGCCUCGGUCGGACUGGACGCCAAGAACACGUUGUGCAUCUGGGACUGGAGAAGAGGGCGGGUCGUCGCCAUGGCAACCGGACACUCGGACAGAAUCUUUGACGUGUGCUGGGAUCCGUUCCAGACCAGCCGCCUGGUCAGCUGUGGAGUCAAACACAUCAAGUUCUGGACUCUGUGUGGAAACGCUCUGACUCCGAAGCGAGGCAUCUUUGGGAAGACGGGCGACCUACAGACCAUCCUGUGUGUCUCUGCAGCCAAAGAUGAGCUGACCUACUCUGGAGCUCUGAACGGAGACAUCUACGUAUGGAAAGGAAUCACCCUGAUCCGGACCAUCCAGGCUGCACAUGGGGCAGGAAUCUUUAGCAUGCACGCCUGUGAGGAAGGCUUUGCCACUGGAGGACGUGACGGCUGCAUCAGACUGUGGGAUGUGGACUUCAAACCAAUCACCAAGAUUGACUUGAGGGAGGCAGAGCAGGGAUACAAAGGACUGUCAGUUCGCAGCGUUUGCUGGAAAGCAGACCGGAUUCUGGCUGGGACUCAGGACAGUGAGAUUUUUGAGGUGAUGGUUCGCGACAGGGACAAGCCAGUUCUGCUGAUGCAGGGUCACAGUGAGGGUGAGCUCUGGGCGUUGGACGUGCACCCCAAACAGCCAGUGGCUGUUACCGGGAGUGACGACCGCUCAGUCAGGCUGUGGAGUCUACCAGAGCACACCCUGCUGGCACGCUGCAACAUGGAGGAGUCGGUUAGGAGUGUGUCCUUCAAUAACGACGGCUCCCAGCUUGCUCUUGGUAUGAGAGACGGUUCGUUCACCGUGUUGCGAGUCAGGGACAUGACUGAGGUUGUGCAUAUUAAGGACAGGAAGGAGGUCAUCCAUGAGCUGAAGUUCUCUCCAGAUAGCUCUUUCUUGGCAGUAGGCUCUAACGACGGCUUGGUGGACAUUUACGCCGUUGCUCAGCGCUUCAAGAAGGUGGGAGAGUGCAGCCGCUCCACCUCCUUCAUCACCCAUCUGGAUUGGUCUGUCGACAGCCGCUUCUUGCAGACCAAUGAUGGUGCUGGCGAGCGGCUCUUCUACAGGAUGCCAGCAGGAAAACUUGUUCCUAAAGAAGAAGCAAAGGGGAUCCACUGGAUGACCUGGACCGGUACCAUCGGGCCAGAGGUGAACGGAAUCUGGCCCAAGUACUCCAAUGUGACCAAUAUGAACUCAGUGCAUGCCAACUACAGCAGUGCUGUGCUAGUGACCGGGGAUGAUCUGGGGCUCAUCAAGCUCUUUAGAUUCCCCUGCCUGAAGAAAGGGGCCAAGUUUAAGAAGUACAUCGGUCACUCUGCCCAUGUGACCAAUGUUCGCUGGUCUAAUGACCUCCAGUGGGUCAUCAGUACAGGUGGCGCCGACCACGCGGUCUUCCAGUGGAGGUUCCUUCCUGAAGGUGUGAUGAACGGUGUUCUGGAGCCGCUUCUUCAAGAGGGGUAUGCCGACUCAACAGUGGCGAGUCAGAUUCAGAUGUGUCACGUUCCAGAACUCGACUCGGACAUCGAACAGGAAGCUCAGACCAACUAUGAUCGCCAGGUGUACAAAGAGGAUCUGCCACAGCUCAAGAAGAAGCUGAUUGGUUCCUUGAAGAGACAGAAAGCACCAGAGGAAGGGCUUCGUCUACAGUUUGUUCACGGGUACCGUGGCUUUGACUGUCGCAACAACCUGUUCUACACCCAGACGGGGGAGGUGGUGUUCCAUGUGGCCGCAGUCGCUGUCGUCUACCACCGGGUGCAGCACAGUCAGCGCUUUUACCUUGGACAUGACGACGACAUCCUCAGCCUCGCCGUUCACCCUCUCAAAGAUUACGUGGCAUCUGCCCAGGUGGGCAGAGACCCAGCCAUCCACAUCUGGGACAUCCAAACCUUGAAGUGCCUGUCUCUGGUCAAAGGUCACCACAGCAAAGGAAUCUGUGCUCUGGACUUCACAGUGGAUGGAAAGAGUUUAGUGUCGGUGGGAAUUGAUGAGUUCCACUCCAUUGUCAUCUGGGAUUGGAAGAAAGGAGAGAGGCUGGCUAAGGCCAGGGGCCACAAAGACAAAAUCUUUGUGGUGAAGAGCAAUCCUUUCCGGGUGGACAAGCUGGUUACUGUGGGAAUCAAACACAUCAAGUUCUGGCAGCACUCAGGAGGCGGUCUGACGUUUAAACGGGGAAUUUUUGGGAACCUUGGGAAGCAGGAAACUAUGAUGUCAGCAUGUUAUGGCCGGUCUGAGGACAUGGUCUUCUCUGGAGCCACCAGAGAUGUCUACAUCUGGAAGGACACGACCCUGAUGAAGACCAUCAAGGCUCACGACGGGCGUUUCGCCAUGUGUUCCCUGGACAAGGGUUUUGUGACCGGAGGAAAGGACGGCAUUGUGGAGCUGUGGGACGACAUGUUUGAGCGAUGUUUGAAAACCUACGCCAUAAAAAGGGCAGCCCUGUCCCCGUCCUCCAAAGGUCUGCUGCUGGAGGACAACCCGUCCAUCAGAGCCAUCACUCUGGGACACGGUCACAUCCUGCUUGGGACCAAGAACGGGGAAAUCCUGGAGAUAGACAAGAGCGGGCUGAUGACGCUGCUGGUUCAGGGUCACAUGGAGGGGGAUGUGUGGGGGUUGGCGGCCCAUCCUCUACUUCCUGUCUGUGCCACUGUCAGUGACGACAAAACUCUGAGGAUCUGGGAGCUGUCGACCAAUCACAGGAUGGUUGCUGUUCGUAAGCUGAAGAAAGGUGGGCGGUGCUGCACCUUCUCUCCAGACGGUAAAGCUCUGGCAGUCGGUCUGAAUGACGGCAGCUUCAUGGUGGUGAACGCUGACACCCUGGAGGACAUGGUGACCUUCCACCACCGCAGGGAGCUCAUCUCAGAUAUCCGCUUCUCCUUAGAUGCAGGAAAGUAUUUGGCUGUGGCAUCCCAUGAUUCCUUUGUGGACAUCUACAAUAUCCUGACCAGUAAGAGGGUUGGCAUCUGUAAAGGAGCUGGAAGCUUCGUCACCCACAUCGACUGGGACUCCAGAGGUAAACUCCUCCAGGUGAACACCGGAGCUAAAGAUCAGCUCUUCUUUGAGGCUCCACGAGGACGCAGACAAAACAUCAGCGUCUCGGAGUUUGAGAAGAUGGACUGGGCCACUUGGACGUCUGUUUUGGGUCCCACCUGUGAAGGAAUAUGGCCGUCAUUCAGCUUUGUGAACGCUGCUUCGCUCACCAGAGACCAAAAACUUCUUGCCACAGGAGAUGACUUUGGCUUCGUCAAACUGUUCAGCUUCCCGUCCCGGGGUCAGUUUGCUAAGUUUAAGAAGUACGUGGGUCACAGCACGAAUGUGACAAACGUGCGCUGGUCCAAUGAUGAUGCAGUGCUUCUGUCUGUGGGCGGAGCUGACACGGCGCUAAUGAUCUGGUCCAGAGAGCCGCCGGGCCACAAGGAGAGCAAAGCUGUGGACAGCGAGGAGUCUGACGACGACCCUGAGGAGGACGGAGGGUACGACAGUGAUGUGGCUCGGGAGAAGGUGGUGGACUAUGUCACUAAGAUCUACUCAGCAAGCAUCAGGAACAUGACAGGAACCAAACCCCACCUGCAGCACAGAGAGCUUCCUCUGGAGGACAGGCCUCCUGUGAGCCGGGCCGUGCCGCUGCCCGACAAACUGCUGAAGGACAACGUGACUAAGAAGAGGAAAGCGGUGGAGGAGCUGCUGCUGGAACACGUCUUCGGCUACCGAGGCUUCGACUGCCGCAACAACCUGCACUACCUCAACGACGGCGCCGACAUCAUCUUCCACACCGCCGCUGCUGUCGUCAUCCAGAAUCUGUCUGCCGGAACUCAGAGUUUCUACCUGGAACACACAGACGACAUUCUCUGUCUGACGGUCAACCAGCACCCAAAGUACCAGAACAUUAUCGCCACUGGACAGAUCGGCCUUGCUCCAUCCAUCCAUGUGUGGGAUGCAGUGACCAAGCAGACUCUGUCCAUCCUACGGUGUUCUCAUGCCAAAGGCGUAGGUUAUGUCAACUUUAGCGCAACAGGGAAGUUACUGCUUUCAGUGGGGGUGGAACCUGAGCAUACCAUCACGGUGUGGAGAUGGCAAGAUGGCACCAAGGUGACCAGUAAGGGCGGUCACGCUGAGCGGAUCUUUGUGGUCGAGUUCAGACCCGACUCAGACACUCAGUUUGUGUCGGUGGGAAUCAAACACAUCAAGUUCUGGACCCUGGUCGGUGGUUCCCUCAUGUAUAAGAAAGGUGUGAUUGGCUCAGUGGAGGAUGGCCGCAUGCAGACCAUGCUGUCUGUCGCCUUUGGUGCUAAUAAUCUGACGUUCACCGGUGCAAUAAACGGAGAUGUGUACGUCUGGAGGGACCACUUCCUGGUCCGAGUAGUGGCGAAGGCGCACAGCGGUCCCGUCUUCACCAUGUACACCACGCUGAGGGACGGACUCAUCGUCACUGGAGGGAAGGAAAGGCCAGGGGGAGCUGUGAAGCUUUGGGACCAGGAGAUGAAGCGCUGCAGAGCCUUUCAGCUGGAGACCGGUCAGCCAGUCGAGAACGUUCGAUCCGUCUGCAGAGGGAAGGGUAAGAUUCUGGUGGGAACCAAAGACGGGGAGAUCAUAGAGGUUGGAGAGAAGAAUGCUGCUUCCAACACCAUGAUCAAUGGUCACACUAAGGGAGGAAUCUGGGGUUUAGCAUCACAUCCUUUCAAAGACGUCUUCAUCUCUGCUAGCGAUGAUGGGACCAUACGCAUCUGGGACCUGGCUGACAAGAAACUCCUGAACAAGGUGAGUUUGGGUCACCCUGCCAAAUGCACAUGCUACAGCCCCAAUGGAGAGAUGGUUUCCAUCGGCAUGGAGAAUGGCGAGUUCAUCGUGCUGCUGGUCAACUCCCUCACUGUCUGGGGAAAAAGAGACCGCAGUGUCUCCAUCCAGGACAUCCGGUUCAGUCCAGAUAACCGGUCUGCAGUGGGUUCAGUAGAAAGUGCUGUAGAUUUCUAUGAUCUGACUCUGGGCCCGUCACUCAACCGAAUCGGAUACUGUAAGGACAUCCCCGGCUUCGUUAUCCACAUCGACUUCUCUGCUGACAGCAAACACAUCCAGGUGUCCACCAGCACCUACACUCGUCAGGUCCAUGAAGUCCCCUCAGGGAAGAUGGUCACAGAGCUGAAUGUCAUUGAACGGAUCACCUGGGCGACCUGGACCAGCAUCUUUGGUGAUGAAGUUCUGGGCGUUUGGCCGCGAAACGCCGACAAGGCCGAUGUCACCUCCUGCGUUUCGCACGCCGGCCUCAACCUGGUGACCGGAGACGACUUCGGCCUCGUCAAGCUCUUCGAUUUCCCCUGCCCGGAGAAAUUUGCGAAGCACAAGCGCUACUUCGGCCACUCGGCUCACGUCACCAACGUCCGCUUCUCCUGCGACGACAAGUAUGUUAUCAGCGCCGGAGGCAGCGACUGCAGCCUGUUGGUGUGGCGAUGCCAGUGAGUCCUCCUCUUCCUCUGAUGAAGGCCCCGGACCUCCAGGCCUGCGAUUGGCUGAAAGUGACGACCCCGUGAGUGUUUCAGGUUUAUUGUUCUCUGUAGAUCCGUGGAGAAACGUCUGAUCUCCACCUGUAGCUGUCAUGUGACGUGUUUGGUGUCAGUCUGUGCCUUUUUAAAAUCUGACCAAACAUUUGAUACAGAUUCAUUUUGCUGGUGGUGCUAUAAUUUUAGGGCUUUUACAUGUGGAUGCUGUUGUGUUUGUGUCAUGUGAUGAUGAUGA